AUGCCUCUCUAUUACGCUGACGGGUCCAUCGAUCCUAUCACCCUACAGACGGUCCCAGAUCACCACAUCAUAUUCUACUCUUCCGUCGUCGAUGGCCAGUUGUGGUGUCCGGACUGCAGGGCCGUCGAAAGCCUUGUGAAGGAAGUCUUCUCUGCGGACGAUGCAGACGGCCUCGUUGUUUAUGUGGGAGAACGGUCUCAAUGGAAGAACCCUGCAAACAUAUAUCGCCAGGACCCUUGGAAAAUCACUGGUGUUCCUACCAUAGUCAAGCUAAAAGACGGCAAAGAAGUCGGGAGGCUUGUCGAUGAGAAGGAAAUUCUGAACGACCUCAAGACCUUCGUGAAAUCGUCAUAA